GGUGAUCCCAGCCCAGCAGCCGGGUGCAGCCUCCCUUCGUACUCCCCUCCGCUUCCCUCCUUGUCCUGUCACUGCCUGUCUCGGUUGAGCGCCCUCAGCGACGUCCGAGCUGCCAGGAGAAAAGGGCGGAAGGAUACUCUCGGGAGAUCUGUGCUCCGCUCGGAGUGUGACAGAGGAAGUAGUUCCGGCCCCGAUUGGGCCUUGUUUCCCAAAAAUAGCGCCCAGCGGGUAUCCGUGCGCCGGUGUCAGUGUCUCCUGAGGAGCCCCGGCGGGGAGGCGGCAGCAGCGGCGAGGGGACGGGCGGGCACUUAUAAGAAGAAAUAAGAACGUUUUCUCGAGCUGAAGACAGUAAAAGAAAACUGUAUCAUGUGUUAGAAUACUGAAGAGUGACAUUUGGAUUAGUAUAUUUCUGGAUUGCAAAGCAAAAGAAAGAAGAGGCCAAAAAUGGGGAGAAAGAAAAUACAGAUCACCAGAAUAAUGGAUGAACGGAACAGGCAGGUUACCUUUACGAAGAGGAAGUUUGGAUUAAUGAAGAAGGCAUAUGAGUUGAGUGUACUCUGUGACUGUGAAAUAGCACUCAUCAUUUUUAACAGCUCUAACAAACUCUUUCAGUAUGCCAGCACUGAUAUGGACAAAGUUCUACUUAAAUACACAGAAUACAACGAGCCCCAUGAAAGCCGAACCAACUCAGAUAUUGUUGAGACCUUAAGAAAGAAAGGCCUUAAUGGUUGUGAGAGCCCUGAUGCUGACGAUUACUUUGAGCACAGUCCACUAUCGGAGGACAGAUUCAGCAAACUAAAUGAAGAUAGUGAUUUUAUUUUCAAGCGAGGCCCUGCUCUGAACAAGAAGGAACACAGAGGGUGCGACAGCCCGGACCCUGACACUUCAUAUGUGCUCACGCCACAUACAGAAGAAAAAUAUAAAAAAAUUAAUGAAGAGUUUGAUAAUAUGAUGCGGAAUCAUAAAAUCGCAGUGAGUACUAAACCUGGCUUGCCUGCUCAGAGCUUCUCGAUGUCGGUUACAGUUCCAGUGUCCAAUCCCAACACUUUAACCUACAGUAACCCAGGGAGUUCCCUUGUAUCCCCAUCACUGGCUGCCAGUUCAUCAUUAACAGACACAACCAUGCUCUCCCCACCUCAGACCACCCUGCAUCGGAACGUAUCACCUGGGGCCCCUCAGAGACCACCAAGUACUGGCAAUGCAGGUGGAAUGAUGGGGACAACUGACCUCGCAGUGCCAAAUGGAGCUGGUACCAGUCCAGUUGGAAAUGGGUUUGUGAAUUCUCGAGCUUCACCAAGUCUGCUCGGAACUAGUGGUGGCGGGAAUGGCUUAGGCAAAGUCAUGCCUACAAAGUCUCCUCCUCCACCUGGAGGAGGUAACCUUGGAAUGAACAAUCGCAAACCUGACCUCCGUGUCGUCAUCCCACCCUCCAGCAAGGGUAUGAUGCCACCACUGUCGGAGGAGGAUGAAUUGGAGUUGAAUACCCAAAGGAUAAGUAGUUCUCAGUCUACACAGCCUCUUGCUACCCCUGUGGUGUCCGUGACAACUCCAAGCUUGCCUCCGCAGGGACUGGUGUACUCGGCCAUGCCUACUGCCUACAACACUGAUUACUCCUUGACUAGCGCAGACCUGUCUGCCUUGCAGGGAUUUAAUUCCCCAGGGAUGCUGUCCCUCGGGCAGGUUUCAGCCUGGCAGCAGCACCACCUCGGUCCAGCAGCCCUCAGCUCUCUCGUUACUGGCAGCCAGCUAUCUCAGGGUUCAAACCUAUCCAUUAACACCAACCAAAACAUCAACAUCAAAUCUGAACCAAUUUCACCUCCCCGGGACCGUGUGACUCCCUCCGGGUUCCCGCAGCAGCAGCCGCAGCCUCCGCAGCAGCAGCAGCCGCCGCCGCCGCCACCGUCGCGGCAGGAGAUGGGCCGCUCUCCCGUCGACAGCCUGAGCAGCUCGAGCAGCUCCUACGACGGCAGCGACCGGGAGGACCCGCGCAGCGACUUCCACUCGCCGGUCGUGCUGGGGCGGCCACCGAACGCGGAGGAUCGGGAGAGCCCAUCGGUAAAGCGGAUGAGGAUGGACACGUGGGUGACAUAAACGUGCGGCGCGGCCUCCUCAGUUUUGUGUUCUCAAAGUGAACUGUCCUGACAUAUCUAAAUUUAUAAAUAAGGACAUGAAAUAAGCGUAUUUAUAUGUAUAUACAUACAUGCAUAUAUAUAUCUCCACAUGCAUAUAUAUGUGCUAGUGUGUGUAGCAUACACAAAAUCAUCAGGCACUUACAAACUUCUUGCGUAGCGGCAGAUGUCCCCGGUCAAACGUAACCGAACAAUCCCGUAGGUAGUGAUGGCGCCCGGCACGUACCUGGACUCGUUGUUCUCAUCCUAUAACCUGUUUUGCAGCGAAGCGUUGUACCCGCCUUGUAGCCCUGCCACACUAGAUUGCAGAAACCAAGAGGGCUCGCCUGUAGUAACGUCCCUGUGUGUGUUAUUCAAGCUGUAUGGUUACUCGUAGUUAAGAAAUAAUGCUUUGUAGCAGCAGAGCAGUAGAAAAGCAGGAAGAAGAAAGCAAUACUGUACAUAAAAUGACCUUUCUAUUACCCCGCCGGCAUGGGUCUCUAUUGCAGAGGGUGCAUGGAGAAGGGCUGAUGCUAUAACGAAAUAAACCACAGAAAAACCCUGUUUUGCACGUGCAAAAAAACCCCUAGUGUAUUGGGUCAAAGAAGUGAUUUUUUUAAUGAGUGCAAGAGAGACAUAGAGAACGCGCAUGAAAUAUUCAGAAAAUAUUAGCCUAGGAAAUAGAACCUUAACAAAAGAAAAUUAAUAUAUUAAGUUAUAAUUGGGAGAGGUUUGACAAAUUUGUUUUUACGUUCCUACCUUUGAAAAAUAUAGAAACGGAUUUUAGCUCAUGUAUAUUUUAUAUUAAAGAAAACAAUACCCUAACGAAUCGAAGACUAUAUAUAAAGUUAUAUACAGUACUUUUGAACACAUUCUGCUAUGAAUUAUUUAUAUAAGCCAAAGCUGUACGUUGUAGCUUUUUUGUAGAGUAUAGUUUUAUCUUAUUUUGACUUUCUAGUUUUUGCUUUCAAAGAUGAAAAGGAAAAACUUGCAGGCGGAACCUUGGGGGAAAAAUAAGCCAUGAACACUUCUAUGUACAUUGAAAUUUGAGCCAAACUCUUUGUGUAUAUAGCAUCCUAAAUAUAUGAUCACCUUCGGUGUAAGUACCUGCGUAUUGUACGUUCACCAGAUUAAAAAGUAUAUUUUUGUGGAUUGACGCCGACUUGAAGAAGGGCGAGGUCCUUAUUAAGUAGAGUAUUCACUGUUUAAUAUUUACUAUUUUGUUAAAUAUACUGUACUUUCUUUGGAUUUUAAUUAUUAUUAAUAUUAUUAUCCAGAUUUUUCAGAGGGUGUAUAAAGGGGUCGUCCCCCUCACUGGUGGUGAAUGUGUGCCGUUCAGUUGUAAUCUCUGUGCUGUAUGGUUAAGCUUCAUUAUACAUUUUAUAUAUAUGUAUAUAAAUAGCAAAGUGGCAAAAAAAAAACCAACCCAACCAACCCGGUGUUAAGUUCAUCCUGCAUAAAUAGAAAAAAAUCUGUUACGACACAUUUUAAGGCAUCAUUUUGGAGCUGCCUCUUCUGAGGAGUUAAAAAACCAAACCAACAGUGGAAAAAGCUUGACCUAAUUUCUCAUGGUAGGGAAAUGGCACGAAUCAGGUGAGCACAAAAGGUUCUUUAAGUUGGUAAAUGGCUUGGGAUAAGGCUUCAGCCUCGGGAAUAAGCCCGCCGCUUCCCUGAGUGGGAAGGAGUCACCCAGAGCCUGCUGUGGCACCAGUGGAGGAGGUUGGGGUUUGCCUUUGGAUUGGGUUUGCACAGCGCAAGGGCAGUGGUGUCUCCCCGUGUCACUUGGUGCCCACUGGAGGGGCCCCAGCCAGGCUGGUGCUGCAGGUUCCCUCCUGGGUACCAGAACCGAAGAGCACCAGCCUGUGCCGGGCUGGGGAAACAGGGUCCCUUUCCCAGUCCUGGCUGCAGGUCUCCUCUCUGCACCUUCCUGCCCAUGGUAGUUCUAGUUCUGGGGAGACCCCGACCUCUCCCGUUACCCAAACUCUGACGUUAUCCCCGAUAUUGGUGAAGUUUUCCAAUUUUUCCUUGGGCUUUAAUUUUUGUAAUUGAAACAAUCACCUGAUGCUGUAACUAAACAGACCCCCCCCGGCCCCCGAGGGGUGCAGCCCCAGUGCUUUGCUCCCCUCAGCUGCUGAAGCAGCCGGUUGGAACAGCUCUUGGUAGUGUAAAACACGGACCGGGUUCUGUUCCUUUCAGCCCCUUACCUUGGAAGUGGGUCUCUGCUGACCACAGUAAGUUCCAGGUUUAGAGAAGCUGCUCCAAAGCAGCCCCUUUCCUCCUCACUUACCACCUUUAAGAACCUUUCAGUGCUCGGGCCCGUCCCGUGGUGGUUCAUUAUUUAUGCACAUGUAUGGACUUUGCUGUACAUCCGAGUGGGAGUUCUGCAUUCACAUUUACUGUCUAUUUUCUUGUGUGCCUUAUCAGAUGGCUUUGCUGACUGUAUCUCAAUAGUCUUUAUUUCUAUGCAGGUUUUUAAACAGUACUAGUACUGUUCUCUUAAAGAAAAAAGCUACGUAAGGGUUAGAGUUUGUAUUAAAAUUGCACCAAUGAGUUACAAAAUAUAAUAAUGAUGAUGAUGAUGAUGAUAAUCUGUUCCUAAGACGGGCGCAGGGGCCUGGUCACAUGGUGCCCCGGCCUCCAGCAGACCAAGUCUUUCCCCAGCCUCCCGGGGCAGGAGAAUCUCGCGCCAUGGAAUCAAUGGGAAUCCUGAUUUUUAGUAACAGGGAACUUCACUUUUUUAGGAAUUGUAAAAAUGUUUUAUAAGAAAACAAAAAAAAAAAAGGGAAAUGUCAGAGCACAGGGAUUUCAACAGGUAAAAACCUCCUUUUUUCAAUUAACUCUACUGACUGAAGUUGCAAGUGGAGCCGCUCCUCGCCUGAGCCCCGUGUAAGGUUUGUAUCUGGUGUGAGCGUCGCCUCCAUCGCCGAGCUCACACCGCGGUGUUUAACACCCGCUUUAGCCUUUCCUUCCACGUAAAGGACACUACCGCAUCCGAACCUUGGAAUUACUGUGCGCACAAGAAAUACAUAGUAAAUAAGGAACAAAAUAACUCCUAACAAUCGAUCCUGGGAAGAAGUUGAAUUAGAAUGUGAAAGAAAGACUUAACAAAUGUAAACGUUUAAAUCUUAGUAGAAACUUUCUUCACUUUGCUGUGCAAGAGAACACUGCUUUGCUAUAUUUAAAAUGGCUUUUUUAAAAGAGAUUUAUGUAUUUGGUAAAUGUUUGUAGUCAACAGUUCACAAAGAAGCUGUUCACGGUUUAAUGCUGAUAAGCCGUUUGGCGGCACAAGCUGGACUUUGUUGCCAUCCUUGAGACGAAUCUUUUAAGAAAAACAAAUAAGUUAAUCUCAAUUUUUUUCCCUGAAUGUGUUGUUUUUUCUUCAAUAUACAAUAAAUAUUCUAGUGAACUUUUUAUCAAAUGGUUAAGAAAAUGCUAGAGGUUGUUGUAAAAUAUUUGUAUCCUGCAUUCACUGAAGUAAAGAUACUGGCUUUUACUGUGUA